AGGAUCAUGGCGGAUGGCCCCAGGUGUAAGCGCAGAAAGCAGGCGAACCCGAGGAGGAACAACGUGACCAACUACAAUAAUGUGGUGGAUGCUGGCACAGAUUCAGACGAUGAGGACAAGUUGCACAUCGUGGAGGAGGAAGGCAGCCUGGCGGACGGGGCCGACUGCGACAGCACCCUACCAGACGAUGAGCACCCCAGGGAGCACUGGGAUCGAGUGAAAGAAGACUGUGUGUCAGACGGCGAGGAUGACGUAAGCACAGACGCCUUGGUGGAGGAGAUGCUUCAGCAAGGGGACACAGCUGUCAUUUACCCAGAAGCCCCAGAGGAUGAACUGCAACGUCACGGCACUCCCGACGCCAGCAUUCAUGAUGAAAACGGAACACCAGAUUCCUUCUCUCAGCUGCUCACCUGCCCUUACUGUUCACGUGGCUACAAGCGUUACAGCUCCCUGAAGGAGCACAUUAAGUACCGGCACGAGAAGACCGAGGAAUGCUUCAGCUGCCCUGAGUGCAGCUACACUUUUGCACACCGCGCACAACUGGAGAGACACAUGACGGCCCACAAACCAGGAAGGGAUCAGAGACACAUCACACAGUCGGGAGGCAAUCGCAAAUUCAAGUGCACUGAAUGUGGAAAAGCGUUUAAAUAUAAGCACCAUCUGAAGGAGCACCUACGCAUUCACAGUGGAGAAAAGCCCUACGAGUGUUCCAACUGCAAGAAGCGAUUCUCUCAUUCGGGCUCAUACAGCUCGCACAUCAGCAGCAAAAAGUGCAUUAGCCUCAUCUCAGUCAACGGCAGACAACGACUGAGCAACAACAAGUCCCAGACCCAGGUUCAGACGCCAAUUCUUCCCACAUCACCAUCUGUCCUCCGCACGCAAAUUAGAGAGAAGCUGGAGCAUAGCAAGCCCCUACAGGAGCAGCUGCCCCUUAACCAGAUCAAAAGUGAGCCAAUGGACUACGAAUAUAAACCUACGUUGAUGACAUCCCCACCUGUGGCUGGCAUAAAUGGUGGAGUUUACAAUGGAGGCGCCGCGGCUUCUCUGCAGGGCACAGUACAAGCUGUGGUCCUGCCCACUGUGGGACUGGUGUCACCCAUCAGCAUCAACUUAGCAGAUCUGCAGAAUGCUCUUAAAGUGGCCGUGGACGGUAAUGUUAUUCGCCAAGUCCUGGAAAGCAACGCCAAAGGCCAGGGCCAGGCCAACUUGGGGUUAACCACUGGAACGCUCCACCCCUCCCAGCAGCAGCUCAUCUCAGCCAUCAGUUUACCUAUUGUGGGUCAGGAUGGAAAUGCAAAAAUCAUUAUAAACUACAAUUUAGAUCCCAACGGGGGCCAACUCACAGCGCAAAACCUUAAGAAGGAGCAUGAGCCAUUCUCAACUGCUCAGCCAACCGCAGAAUCUUUCAAAUGUCAGAAGCUUCCUGAAGAUCUGACCAUCAGGAGCAUGAGGGCCAACGAUACAAAAGAAGAGGAUAAAACCACUAAGACAUGUCUCCUGUGUGAUAGCUGUCCUGCCGGGCUGGAAGCACUCCAUACCCUCAAACACUGCAAAAAGGAGAGUCUCAAUCUCAACGGAGAGUCUGCUGUUGCUGCGCUGCUGUCAGAGGGAGGACUUUCCAACCAGCCUAAGAACCUCUUGUCCCUGCUCAAGGCCUAUUUUGCCUUAAACGCAGAGCCCACCAAGGAAGAGCUAGCCAAGAUCUCAGACUCAGUCAGCCUACCAAUUCAUGUUGUCAAAAAGUGGUUUGACAAAAUGCAGGAAGGUCAAAUAUCACUAGGUGCGCCUACACCACCUUCAGAGGAAGAGGAUGCCUGUGAUACCAACAGUGUCGUAUCUCUGAUCCAGGGGAAGGGGAUGCCCUCUAUGAGUCCUUCUGUGACUCAGGACAGUCCUACAGAAGCUACCCCAGCUGAGGUCAACGGCUCCCACAGCUCUCCAGCCUCUCCUUUACCACUAAAGGUGAGAGGUGAUGGUCUCCUUCAAGACCGGCCCCCUCAUAGCACUGAUUCACCACUAGACCUUUCCCUGCCAAAGUCUGACAAAGAAGAAACUGAGGCUGUGGUUGUAAAACGCCGCAAUUACCCCUCGCCUUCCUCUGUCCGUACCAAUCUGGAUGAACCUUUGAACUUAACUUGCACAAAGAAAGAUGCGUCGCCACUCUCAUGUAUGGGCUCCAGCCCUGUUGCACUGUAUGCCAGCCCGCCAAGUGCCAAAACUCUAAAUAUUGUGACCACUCAACUCCCCACGCUGGUGGCCAUUGCCGACCAGAGCCGUAUGCAAUGUCUAAGGGCAGUGACCACCAACAACAAACAGACUAUCCUGAUCCCCCAGCUGGCUUAUACCUACACCACUACAGCUAACAGCCCUGCUGGAACCGAGACACAGGAAACCAUCCACCUCAACGGAAUAAAGGAGGAAAAGCAGGACACAUGCUCAGAAGGUAUGUCUGCCAUGGACGACCACAACGACUCAGACUCGGGCCCUUUGAGGAAAAAGAUGAAGAAGACGGACAGUGGCAUGUACGCCUGUGACCUGUGUGACAAGAUCUUCCAGAAAAGCAGUUCGCUGCUAAGACACAAAUACGAACACACAGGGAAACGACCACACGAGUGCAGCAUCUGCACCAAGGCUUUCAAACACAAACACCACUUAAUCGAACACAUGCGCCUCCACUCGGGGGAGAAACCCUACCAGUGCGACAAGUGCGGCAAACGCUUCUCUCACUCGGGCUCGUACUCCCAGCACAUGAACCAUCGCUAUUCUUAUUGCAAGAAGGAGUCUCAGAGCCAAGGCGGAGGCAGGGAGAGCCCGGAGGAGGACGCCCUGAGCCGGGUACGGGGCUCACACCUCCUCCCUUUCCAGAUGGACUCGGACGAGCGCGGGAGCAGCGCCAGAGAGGACGAGGAAAGCGAAGAGUUCGAGGAGGAGGAGGAAGAAGGCGCGGUGGACAUGGAUGACGUCCAGGUGGUGCAGAUAGGAGACGAAGGAGGGGAUGACGACGAGGCCGAGGAGAAGACGGCGGAGACGGAGGAGGAGGCCGACACGAGACAAGAACACGAAGAGGAGGGAGUCGAGAUGGUGGGAGAUGAGGCGACGGAUGGAGAACAAGGCGUGACACGAGAGCGAGAAGAAGAGGAGGAGGUCAUGAGGGAGAGCGGGGGCGAAGGGAACGCAGCGUGUGAAGAAGAUGAGAGGCAGGAGAACGGAGAUGGUGACUAA